CUGCUCUGUAAAAGUCAGAAAAACAGAGGAUUUUAUUUUCAAUUGGACAAUUCGCAACGUAAACAGCAGGAAAAUGUCGCGACAAGCCUCUCGCCUGGACGCCAAGAAAGUGUAAGUGUGUGUUGAGAGGGCUUGAGGUUGACACGGCACAAAUCGCCGACCUAUCGGGCUAUGGAAAACCAUUUCAGCGCCACCAGCCGCCCCUCAGCCACGUCCAGAAUGAGCUCCACCGUCUCCGCCGCCGCCGUCGCCGCCGCCGCCAACAACAAUAGCAGCAGCAGCAGCAGCAACAACAACAACAACGCAGCAGCCGGCAAUAAUGUGAAUGUAAAUACGGCAGCGGGAGGUGCCACCAAUGCCGCCGCCACUGCCCAGCCGAUUCAAGUGAUUCCCAUGCCCAUGCUGCCCGCUGGAGCGGCCCAGAUCAUAAUUGGCCAGCAGGCCCAGGGUCAGGCGACGGCGACGGGCCUGCAGCCUCAGUUGAUACCCCUGCAGGCCAACCAGAUCAUGCUGCAGGCGGCCCAGCAGCAGCCUCAGAUGCAGGUGAUGCAGCUGCCCGAUGGCCAGACCAUCUUCUAUCAGACACCCACCAUUGCCGCCCUGGAUCCGAAUGCAGCGGCCACUGCUGCGGCCGCCAUGGCCGCCCAACCCACGCCCCACUAUCUCAACAUCAACGGGCAGCUGGUGCAGAUUACUCCGGCGGCUAACGCCAAUCAGGCGACACCCGGCGCUGGUCAGCAGAUCAUCAUGGUGCCGCAGACGGCCAUGGCGGCGGUGAAUGCAGCGGCCGCCAGUGCCGGAGCCACGGGAGUGGGCACAGUGGUCACCCAACAGCAGCAACAGCAGCAGCAGCAGCAGGCUCAGGCUCAGGCCCAAUCCCAAGCCCUCCACCAGCAACAGCAGCAGCAGCAGCAACAGACGGCGGCAGCGGCCAGCGUUGCUGGCAAUAAUAUAAGCGCCGAUGUCAGCACAAGUACCACUGGGACCAAUACGAACAGCGAGGACGAGAGCUCCAAGGGCGAGGCGGAUGAGGAGCCGCUCUAUGUGAAUGCCAAGCAGUACAAACGCAUCCUCAUUCGGCGGCAGGCCAGGGCCAAGCUGGAGUCGCGCAUUCCCAAGGAGCGCUGCAAGUAUCUGCAUGAAUCUCGCCAUCGGCAUGCCAUGAAUCGGGCUCGGGGCGAGGGUGGUCGCUUCCACUCGGCGCAGGAGAAAGGCGAUCAGGAUUCGUCGGGUCCGGAUAGUGGCAGCAUGCCCAUGGCGCCCAGUGGCGGCAUAACCCUCAGCCGGGGCACGGCCAGAGCUCCACCGAAACUGAUUGCACCACAUCAAACGCCAAGCAUUACCAUAACGGCGAUCAAGUCGGAGUAGUCGCUGCCCAGCUGUAGAUACAAACCAGACUAGAUUGUAGUUUAUAGUCUUAAGCCAGUCACUCUGUGUCCCUCCACCCUGUCCUCAAUAACACCAUGUUGGCUUACACACAGCUAUCGGUUCAGAUUUGUAAUUAUUCAUUUCGAAUAUCUAGCCUUGUUCCCUUUGUUCAACUUCAAAAUAAUGCAAUAGUAUUGUAUUUUAUUGUACAGCUAAAAACUUCAAAUGUUAUUCAUUUUUCGAAAGCUUAUCAGAUCUUUUCCAAUUUUCUCAAUUUAUUUUCGAUUGCAAAUCUAAAGAUUAUGGCUAUUGUAUUUUUUUUUUCUAUGAACUAGUAUACAAAACUUAUACCCUAAAAACUGUGCAAUUAUUUCGCAAACCUUUUUGAAAUGAAACUGGGAACAAGACUUUUAAAAUAGAAUUCAAAUUAUAUGACAACUCGUCUAUUGAGGACAUAUAAGAACACAAUCAAUCAAUACACCGCAUAAUAAAAACCAAGAAUUGUUUAUGAACUUAAAAA